AAGCUUGCCCUGCGCUGUGCGUGUAGGAUGCGCAAAUUACCAAAAGGGCCCUGGGCUACUGAGUUGGCGGCUGCUCUCUCGGUGGUCCCAAAGGGAAGAGGGGGAACCGGGCAGAGAGCAGCGCAGGACAAGACAGGCAGAGAAGUCGCUAGCCAGACUAGUCUGCGCGGUGAUCCGUCUUCCCUGGGGUGUUCCGCCGUCCUGCAGCAGAGGCAGGGGGUUGCCGCUCUCGCCGCCGCACGCUGCGGCUCUGCUCUGCUCCGCCUGAUCCUUCCUGCGGCCCUUGUUUUUUCCUCUCGUUUCAGGUGGCCAGCCUUGGUUUUGCAGCAUGUUUAAAUUGUGUCAAGACUGGAGAAAUACCAUCCAUGCAGAAUCAUCCAUAUUAUAACUCAUUCAGUGGCCUCUGCUGAAAAGUGUUCAAUGGCGUCAGGAGCCACCUUAAGCUGGGUUAAAACCCCAUUUGACACCCGAAGAUUUCAUGACCUAUCUAAUCUAAGUUUCCGCUGCCGAAACCCUUUUGGAUCAAUUCAGCCCUGGUGGCUGCAAACUGAUCAAGACUCAUCCCUAAUCAAGGUUCGCGUGGCUGCUGAUUAUUCAGACUCAAUGCCAGAUUCAAAGUACACGAGAGAUCGGGGUUAUCACCCUCUUGAAGAAGUUAAAGAACGUCCAAAGAAGAAGGACCUGUUGCUGACAGAUAUUGAAACAGCUAGAACAGUAGUAGAGGCAAAUAGCAAGGGGUUGCUUGUAUUUCCUGCUAGGGUACACAAUGAACCUCAUGGACAUGUUUCUUGGUCGGAGUUUCAAUAUGUUGUUGAUGAAUAUGGAGACAUUUUCUUUGAAGUACCUGACAGUGAGAACAUCCUGGAAGAUGAUACUGCAAACAAUCCUGUGACAGUUUUGAUUGGAAUGGAUGGACCCAUUAUUGGAGAAAGUAGUGUGGCGAUUAGUGAUUUCAGUGAUUACAUGGAUGGUGAAAAUUUUAUGGACGUUCCUGAUGAGCACCACACCAAGAUUGAUACAGAAAUAACUGAUAUUCUCAUAGAGUGGGGGAUGCCUGCAACAAUGCGUGCAAUACAUCCGAUUUACUUUGCCAAAUGUUUGACAAAGGCCAUUCAUAAUAAUAAUGGGGAGAAGAUGGAUAGUCCAUCAAACGGUCUCUCUAUUGUAGGAUAUCUGAGACCUGCUUUCAUAGAGGAAGAGUCUUACUUGAGGAGCAUGUUUCAUGGUGACAAUGGUGGUUAUUCAUCUGACUGGAAAGUAAAUGAAACCGAUGAAUACAACAGAGAAACUCGGCCAGUUUCUGGAACCAAUCGCCUCAUUGAUGAUGAUAAAUCAAGAUUUGACUUCAAUCAUGCUGAAACUAGAACUGAUUCAAUGAUCUACAAGCUGGAGAUAAUGACAAUUGAACUGUUUUCCAUGUAUGGAAAGCAGUUUAAGAUUGAUCCACAAGAUUUUCAAGAUUCAGAACCAGAUAUUCUUGCAAAUUCUGCUUCAUCGAUAAUAGAACGGAUCAAAGAAAACAGUGAUCAGUGUGCCGCGGCUCUCAGGUCGCUCUGUCGCCGGAAAAAGGGCCUCACUGUCGAGGAGGCAAGCUUGAUUGGUGUUGACAGCCUUGGUAUUGAUGUAAGAGCCUUUUCUGGCUUGGAAGUUAAGACUGUUCGAUUUUCAUUCAAUGCACAGGCGCUCUCUGAACGUUCAGCUGAAAAGAAGAUCAGGCGAAUGCUUUUCCCCCGUUACCAGCGUAAAAACGUGAAAGCCUCUACUGAAGAUGAGUCUUAACCUAUCAGCUGUUUUUCCUGAGAAAGCAUGCAAACACCUGGUUCAAAGACAAGGUGUCAAGGGAAUCAACACAAUAUCAUCUUAUGCGAGUUUGCUAGGAGAUAGCGCACAACCUGUCGACUAUGAGAAUGACCAAAAACAUCAGAGUAAUAAGGUUUGCCAUGCAUGGUCUCUAACAUGCUUCCAAGAAUAUAGUUUGGUUUCUGACAGAUAAUAAAAAAAAAACGAAUAAGGUGCCAGUUCAUGUAUAAAAGAUGAACUGCGACUUUAUGCUGGCGGAAACUGAUUAGCUGACCAAGCUUUGUCAGCUACAAAUUCCCAGUAAUAAUAACGAGCUGCGAGGUGAAAGGGCAGAGUAAUAAGGUCUCGUUGGCCUAAAUCAGUUCUUAGUUUCUUACCCACAACCUGUAACUAACUUUGUUGUCUCUUUUCAUGUAGACAUAAAUGUCAUGCAACGCAACUGCGAUUAUGGCAUUGUUUUGUUGAACUAUACAUAAAAGAAAACUUGAUAAAGUUUCGAGUGCUUUUAGCUGUCA